AUGCUUUCUUACUUCAACACAACUUCGUUUGCGCGCGCAAAGAAGAACAAAGACGAUCUGGAGAAAAAGAAUCCGCAGAAGCCAAUAUUGGGGGACGAGGAUGAAAAGUUCUUGGGGCGAGUCGCUUCUUCAGACGAGGCGACCCGAUCGGGCGAGGAUGUAGCAGCUACCACGAAGAUCACGGACGAUGGGCAAGAGAAGAUUGCGACGCAGGAGGAGCAAGCGCCCGGGCAGACAGUCGUGCCGGAGACACAGCCAGACGGCCCAGAAGUGUCGACAAGUCCUAUGUCGAAAGAGAAGAAAAGCAAGAACGACAAAGCAUUUGAAUUGCCUAGCCAGGAGGAAGCAGAAGCUGCCACUCGAGGUUGGAACGAUCAGGUCCGGAUCGACGAGGGCAAGGGAGACGCACAAGGCGACAAGAGGACAUGGGCAUCGUACCUCCCGUCUAUGACAUCUUCGGGCAAGCUGAGCGGCGAUGCACAACAGCAGCAAAGCGCAAGCGAAGGAGAGAACAAUGAUGACAAGCCCCGAACGUGGGCGCAGUAUGCUUCGGCCUACACACCUUCUAUUCCCGCCCUGCCUGCCUCCUGGAAGAAGAAGGGCAAAGACAAAGACUCUGAUCCGGAGCCCGUGUACAACGAAGACGGCACCGUCGAUGAAGAAAAGACCAGAGAGAAGCAGGAGAAAGAAGUCUCCGUUCUCCUCGACAACCUCAACAUGUCCGCCAUCAACAAUCGCGUCUUCGCCCUCAAUCAAUCGACACAGAACAUCUAUGAUCGUUUCGCCCAAGUUCUGAAGGACACUAUCCACGGCGGGCCUACCGCGUGCGAGGACAUGGAAAAGCUCAUGAAAGAGGCCGGACCGCAGUUGGAGAAACAGUUCGAGAGCAUGCCGCCUUUCGUACAGACUUUGGUCAAGAGCCUACCAACUAAGCUUGGCGCGACGCUGGGGCCGGAAGUGCUUGCCGCUGCGAGUGAGAAGCCUGGUGCAGACAUGCAAGCUCGUCUCGACACUGCCAGCAAGGGAGAGAAAUACGUCGAACCCCCCAAGACGGGCGAGAAGGGCAACCCGCCGGAGAAGAAGAAAUCCAAACGCACGAUUCCGGGCAUGAAAUCUCUGAUCAGCAAGGAAGGUGCUGUUGCCGGAAUCCUGAGAAACACGGUCAACUUCAUCCAGACGAGGUUUCCGUUCCUGGCGAGUACGACGAAUGUCGUCAUGAGUUUGGCGGUUUUCAGUAAGUCGUGCAAAAAAUCUCCGUUUGACCUUUUAUUCCCCCCUUUUGCUUUGCAGAUAUAUAUUCUAACAACUUUCUGUUCUAGUUCUCAUGUUCGUCUUUUGGUACUGCCAUAAGCGCGGCAAAGAAGUGCGUCUCGCCAAAGCUGUAGAGGCAGAGAAAGCCGGCGGCACAGAUGGCCGAGUUGAAGAAGUUGAUGAUGAUGACGAGGACGACGACGAAGAAAUCGAAGCCACUGAUGAUGAUGAUGCUGAAGAUGGAGAGGUGGAUGAGGGCAUCGCGGCUGAGAUUGAGAAGAAUCUCAACCAGCCGCAGCCCUCCGAGGUGCCGCUUCCCGAAGAGCAAGACAAGAAGGCGACUUGA